AUGGUGAAAAGAGGCGGUAACAAGAGGAAGAUUCCUAUGGAGAAGAUCACGAAGAAAGAAUCACUCGCGACUGCUUUCACCAAAAGGAGUUACGGUCUUUUCAGUAAAGCCUCGCAACUCUGUCUUCUCUCCGACGCACAAAUAGCCGUUUUAGCGACUCCUCCUUCUUCGCAUUCACAUGUCUCCUUCUUCUCCUUUGGCCACUCUUCCGUAGAUUCUCUCGUCUCGGAUUUUCUCAAGGGAAAGCGUCCUCUUCCUGUGGCUCGAGAAGAGACGAGGGAGGAAGACAUUGGUGUCAUCUUGGCUCGUAAAGAUUUGGGUUUAGGGUUGUGGUGGGAGGACGAAGUUCUUGCCAAAUCGGAGAAUCCUCAAGAAUUGAACGACGCUAUGAAAUCCAUGUCGACUCUGUUGAGAAAAUUCAAGGAGUUGCGUUCGGGAGAAGCUUUAAGAUCAAACCCUAACUCGGAUCAAACCCUAAUUCCUCAAUCUGACAACGAGAAGAGCGAGACGGAUCAAACCCUAAUUCCUCAAACCCUAAUCCCUGAUGAUGAUUUGCCUGCAAAUUUCAACGAGAACACUGAAGAGCAGAGUAAGAUAGUUGCGAUUUGUGAAAGCUUUCGUGUUACGGAGGUGAAGAAUAACAUUAACAACAACAACGACGACAAGGAUUUAACUGGAAGCUUGGACGUUGGGUACGAUCAAGAAGUGGAUAUUGAUCAGUUAAUAGAUUUCGACAUGGCUUUUGAUGCUUCAGCCUUCGAUGAUUGCCUUUUCGAGGGUACUCAGGAGAACACUACAGAGUUCUGA